CAUCCCUUUCGAGCUGUUUCCCGCGGGAGCACUGGAAGGCAGGGUGGCCUUUCUCUUCCCCAGUGGCCUCCUGGCCGCUGGCUGUGGGGAAGCACCGCGCGUGGCUUCCUCCUGGAAGGAGCGGCCGACAGCCCUGCGCUGAGGAGGCCGGGCGGCUCGGUCCCCCUGCAGACGUCCUUGAGCCCCGGAGACGGAAGUGAGCGGGGUUUUCACUCCUCAUGCAAAACAACCGUCUAAACAUAAUAGAUGACAUCAGCGAGGGCUUUUCAGUUCCUGGAUGGCAGCGGCGAGCUAACCCGGCUUCAUCCUGGGUUUCCAAACCGAAACGACAGCCUGGCAGGGACGCAGAGGCCGCUGCCUGAGGGGACCUGCCGGAGGCCGGGGCGACCAGCGCACCUAAAACCCGCACGUGGGCACGGGCUCGGCUCGGCUCAGCUCCCCUGGGCGCCAGCCAGGACCCCACCAGGAGGAGGAGGAGCCCAGCCCCCGGGAAGCAUGCGGGCCUGCCUGCUGCUGCUGGCCACACUCCUGGUCCCCGCGCCCCUGGUCCCCGCGCCCCUGGUGCCCGCGCCCCCGGCCCGGAGCAGCGGGUACGCGGUGGACUGCCCGCAGCGCUGCGACGCCCCGUGCGCCAGCGGCCGGCGCUGCCCGAGGACGGUGCUGGACGACUGCGGCUGCUGCCGCGUCUGCGCGGCCGAGCGCGGGCACACCUGCUACCGCACCGUCGUGGGCAUGGACGGCGCCAAGUGCGGCCCGGGCCUGAGGUGCCAGUUCUACAGCGAGGAGGAUGCCUUCGGCGACGAGUACGGCAUCUGCAAAGACUGCCCCUUCGGCACCUUCGGGAUGGACUGCAGGGAGACCUGCCGCUGUCCGCUGGGCGUGUGCGACAGGGUGACUGGCCGGUGUCUGCAGCACCCCUUCCUCCAGCAUGUGGCCGCCAGGUCCUCCGACAGAGGCGCUCCCCGUGCAGAGCCUGACGCCGGGUCUGGCGACGGCAACGCCGUGACGCAGGACCUCCGGAGCCAGCACGCCGCCCGCUCUCCCGGCACCAAGUGGUUAGAGCCCCGCUGACCCCGCGGGCGCUCCGAGCGAAGACUGUUUGAGUGAGCAUCCGACCCCCAGCUGACACUUAGGAACCUCCGCUUGUAGCAUAGGCCGUGUACCUUCUGGAGACCAAGCAGGACUCAGGGCGGGCCCAGAAGGAAGAGCAGGCUACUAACACCCGUGCAGCGCCGCCGACGGAACCCUUAGGCUUUGCCACAUAUUCCAAUGCAUGCAGCCGUGUCACAUUCGCGUGUAGAGUAGUGCUGAAGGACCGGAACGCAGCCAGGCCACGCGGGCAGGUCAGCCGAGGAGACAGCCGCGGCCGAGUCACAGCGCGGCCACGUCCCUCGCCCGGACGCACGUGAACUCUGGGAUGCACACCGACGUGUGUCAGGCGGAGGAAGGGCUCGGAGCAAGAGAAGAUGGGGUGGGGGGUGGGGGGAUGACAGGCGGGUCCUCCUUGUCACUGUAUCCAUAGAAUGUCAUUGAGCUUCUUUUCACUUUUGGAAAAACCGAAGCAGAACAGUCCCCGAGGGCUGGGGGCGGCUGCAGCGGGUGGAGUGGGCAUGGCAGCCUCGGACGGGGCGCUCCCCGGGCUCAGGAGGCUCCCGGCGCCGGCUCUGGCCGGUGCGCUGGCAGGAAAGGCCGUUAGGCCGCACCCCAGACCGAGGGCCUGGGAAGUAUGUGGCCCAUUUGGGGGAGGUGUGAUGGUCAAUAUUUAUAUGUUUUUGUACACGGUUGUUAGUACGAGAUAUCCCCCACACCGAUAUUUAUCGCCCUCUUGGGAAAAUGAACCUAAUAUUGUUUAAAAUGCUUAGAACAAAGAUCCAAGGCACGGGAAAUUUUUAUUAAUAAUUAUAGCAAUAUUAUAGUGAGAAAGCAUAAUAGGAACCUAGAAAAUCGAGUUACUGGAUUUACAAAAUGUCACAAAAUGAGCAACAGAGAGAAUUUAUUUAAAAGUAAGUGCAGGGACUCUGACAAGUUUUAAACUUAAAGUAGAAAAUAGCUUUAAGGGAGGUUUGGAAAGGAGCCAGUUUCACAGGGAAUGCCAGCUGUAAAGUCUAGUUCCUUUUGUGCUUUUCACCUUUAAAUGCAGUUGAUACACGGAAUUAUGAGCGCCCCUGGGAGGACCUGUGCGCCAACAGCGCUGUUUGCUGGAGUUCGUGGGGAAACAUUUGCAGAAGCGUUUCAUUUGGAGUAAAGACUUAUUUAAGAACUAUUUCAAUAUUUACCUAUGUUUUAUUCUCAAAGUUUGCCAACAAAGCCGUGAGUGUGUGUGUCGAACGGUCUUUGAAUGUAAACGGAAUAAGCUGUUAGAAUUUGUUUUUUAAGGGACAUGUUUAUGAUUGUUCAAUAAAAAAGCAAGACGGUG